ACUGCGACAAUCUGGCAACCUACACUGGUUUAGCUGAGCAAGAAGAAGGCCUGGCAAAUAUCAGCAACCAGCCCGUUCUCGUUGACUACUAAAUCAAAAUACUUAUUACGCAAAUAAACCGAGUUUCUGGAUUAUGUCGGGAAGUGACGAUGAAUCUGUUGAUUUGACCAGAUCGGGCUCUCCAGUUCAUCACAGAAAAAAGCACAAUAUGGAGUCGUCUAGAUCUCCCAGAAGCUCAAAACACCACCAUUCACGGUCAAGGUCACGCUCCAGGGACCGUAAACGUGACAGAAAAUACAGACGAAGUCGCAGCAGGAGCAAAGAGGCACGAAAGAGGGACUCUGAGAAGCCAUCAAAAUCGCACAGGAAAACAGAUGAGCAGCAUGUGCAAGAGAGACUUUCUGCAGAGAAUGGAGAGGAACGGGCCAGGCGCAAGGAAAGGAAGUCGUCAAGGGGUCGAAGUUUAUCAAGGUCACACUCGAGAGAAAGACGGCACCAUAGCAGAAGCAAGGACAAGCGGCGGUCGCGAUCACGCAGUCGGGACAAGAAGAAGAAAGCUAGGUCUCGCUCAGGUUCAAGGACCAAACACCGUCAUCAUAGCAGAAGUCGCAGCAGGAGCAGGGAGCGAAAGAAGAGGACUGAGAAAGUUCACAAAAAAAGUCGAAGCAGGUCUGUUAGUCCACCCAUCUUUCGUGGCCGAAACACAGCAAUGGAUGCACAAGAGGCCCUGGCUAGAAGACUGGAAAGAGCCAAGAAACUACAGGAGCAGAAGGAGAAAGAAAUGUUUGAGAAGCAGCAGCAGCAACAACAGGAGAUUGCUGCAGCCGUGGCUGCCCCUAUUGCAGCUGCUGCUGCUGCAGCGGCAGCUUCAAACCCUGCACUCAAUGUGGCAGCCCUCCUGGCCUCUGGGACACAGGUCACACCUCAGAUUGCCAUGGCAGCUCAGAUGGCAGCCCUUCAAGCCAAAACCCUGGCAGAGACCGGUAUUGCUGUGCCCAGCUAUUAUAACCCAUCUGCUGUCAACCCAAUGAAGUUUGCAGAGCAGGAGAAGAAGAGGAAAAAGCUAUGGCAGGGAAAGAAGGAUGGGGACAAGUCCCAAACAGCUGAGUUGUGGGAGAAGCUAAACUUUGGAAACAAGGACCAAAAUGUUAAAUUCCGCAAACUAAUGGGUAUAAAGGGAGAUGAAGAGGCAGAAGUUUCCAAACCACUUAAUGAUGAAGGCCUAAAGACUCUUCAGAAGCAGGAGGAGGUGUUUAGGAAUCUCGAUGUUCAGUAUGAGAUGGCUCGCUCUCAGACCCACACUCAGAGGGGAAUGGGCCUCGGCUUUUCCUCCUCAUUCUCACGUGGAAUGGAUUCUGUCUAGUGCCAAACUGCAGCUUUCAUCACAACUCAUCAGAUCGUACAAGAAUACCAGUUCAUCGCUAGCCCUUAAGCUUGCAUGGAUGUUGCUCUGAAUCUGUAAUUUAUUUAUAGACAAAGUUCUCACAUAUUGUAACAUAAUGUAAAUAGCCAUACACUGAGGUUGUCAGUGUCAUUAAACUGUACAUCUUUAGGCAAAGAAACAUGUUGACUGGUUGAUGCUGGGAAAAGUAGAUAUUUUCAAUAAUGUGGUAGCUUUUUUUUUUAUUAUUCAGAUAUAUAUUGAUGUGAUGGUCUGAGCAUAAUUUGAAUUUGAUGUGGUUCAAGUGGACACUGUUUACAUUCAUGUAACUAAAGGCAUCCAAGGUCGAUGUAGCAUUAUCAGAAUCCUGUAUUUCCAUUCCUCCUGAUUAGGAAAACCAAAAUAUCAGUUGAAAUAAGUAUCGUCUUCUGAAUUGCCAUGAACAGCGGUAAGCUUGACAGGAGUAACUGAAUGUUUGACAUGUUUGUGAAUUAAACAGCUUUUUUGUUUUU